AUGAAGGGGAGCAAGGGUGGAGAGGAGGGUCUGGGCACAACUUGCGAGUGCACUUUUUCUCCGCCCUGUGUCGAUCCAGCAUCGGCUCCAGCAGAAGACGGCGGAGCGGGAAGUGAAUGCAACGCCUCUCUUCAUUGGUUCCAAAGCCCCUCCCCCCUCCCCUUCAGCUUGGCUGUCCCUUGUCAGUAG